AUGGGGAAACAAGACUUUUUCACAAUUAGAGUUUUGUUAUACUUUGUGGUGGCCAUUGGUAAUUCUUUCAAUUUUUGGAGCAAUUCAAAGCUCCACAAGAACAAUGGGUUAAGACUUUUAAUGAACAGUUCAACAACAAAGACUUUUUCACACUUUCAGACGACAAGGGCGCUGUUAAAAUCAACAACGACGUACCACCUUGGGACUAUGAUGGUGAUGUUUCCAAGAAAUCUCUGCAUCAAGUCAUGUCGACGACUUGGAUUCAAUUCAAAACACUGGCAAAUACAAGCAGGGCUGAAGGAAAGUGACAUGAAAACAUUGCGAAUUGCAAUGGUGGCGUGUCAAAAAGCACUUUUCGUAUACACCAACGAUAAUUCCAAAAACAAUGUUUGUUUUAUAUAA